GCUCCCUGUGGUCGUUGCUCGGCGCUCUGCUCUACGCCGUUUACAUCGUUAUGAUAAAGAGGAACGUCGAUCGCGAGGAUAAGUUGGACAUUCCCAUGUUUUUUGGAUUUGUUGGACUCUUUAAUCUCCUCCUGCUGUGGCCCGGCUUUUUCUUGCUCCAUUACACGAAGAUCGAAGCCUUUGAAUUUCCUAAUAAUCUGGUGUGGAUUUAUCUGGUGAUCAAUGGCCUUGUGGGCACCGUGCUCUCCGAGUUCCUUUGGCUCUGGGGCUGCUUCCUGACAUCGUCUCUGAUCGGCACCCUGGCUCUGAGUCUUACCAUCCCCCUCUCCAUCAUCGCUGAUAUCUGCAUGCAGAAGGUGAGCUUCUCGUGGGUGUUCUUUGCCGGUGCUUUCCCCAUCUUCAUCUCCUUCUUUAUUGUGACGUUGCUCUGCCAUUAUAACAACUGGGAUCCAGUCAUGGUCGGCUUGCGGAGGAUCUUCGCCUUUGUAUGCCGGAAGCAUCGGCCAGCAAGGACAUCGGAAGACCCGGAACAGACUCAGAGUCUCAUCCCGCUGCACCCCAUUGGCCCCGAGGAUGACCCCGGCGGCGGCUCCUCAUAGAGGAAGCUUUUCCUGGCGGAGUGACAAUCUUCGGGGGACGUUCCUGCACCCCCCACCCUCCACCUGCCUUAAUGAGCCCAUCGCUGAACCUGGGAAUCCGGAGACACAUCACAUCCCGCUGUAUGCCGGAGUAUCGAGCUGACCACGCCCACUUUGGAGGAGGAUCUACCGAAAUCUGUCCGAAUCGGACCUCCUCCGUACUGAGCCAGAAUGUCCCGCCUCCUGUGUUCUGACCAAUCAUGAUUGUCCGUGCAUCAUGCCACCGCUCUGAUUGGAGGCGUGGGCAGUGUGGAGAAGUUUCCUGCUCGCAGCCCCUCCCCCUCGCCAUGCUGCUCUGUGAUUGGUCGGACAUAAUUGGGAGGAAGAAUUUCCCUCCUCGGCGUUUUCUCGCUGCAAACGGUUAAUGUGGAACUGCUAAUCAAAUUCCGAUCUUGUUGGCGGUUUGGCCGGCAGUCACCUCUCCGCCGCAUCGUUCCAGAGAGACCGACUCAUUUGCACUAAACAAUCUUCACCUGACGCGUUUCAAUCACCAUAAAGCAAUUCUGGGCCCGU